AUGGAGAAGCAAAGCUCGGGCCUCAUCAAUGGCGGCGCUACAAAGGUCAAAUUGCUGUGCAGCUACGGCGGAAGAAUCCAGUCCCGGCCGAACCACCAUCACCUGUCAUACGUCGGCGGCGACACCAAAAUCCUGGCCGUCGAUCGCGACAUAAAAUUCUCCGAGAUUGCCGCGAAAUUGAAUUCCAUCUGCGAGAAAUCGGAGAUCUCGAUCAAGUACCAACUCCCCGGAGAGGAUCUGUACGCCCUGAUCUCUUUGAUCGACGACGACGAUGUGGAGCAAAUGAUGGUGGAGUACGACCGAUUGCAGGGGAUCACGGCCAAGCCCGCCAGGCUCCGGUUAUUUGUCUUUGAUGUAUCGGCCCAGCCCGUGAAAUCGGUGGCAGUCAAGAGCUCGGGCCCUGUAAUGCCCUCGAAUCCGGACUAUCUAUUCGGGUUUGAUAAGGAGUACGAGCCCAGCGUUGGGCCGCCUCUGGAUCUUUUGCAGAUUCCCGGUAUAAUUAUGCCCGAUAAUUUCGGGUUGGUUCAGUGUGGAGGGGCCGAGGGCAAAAUCGGAAAGACGUGGGGCCACGUGUCCGGCGAUGCUAACAAUGGGAGUGUGAACGGGGCGGCGGCGGCGGCUCCUCAGGCAGUUUACCGGCUGCCGACGGUGGUUAAUGGAGGAAUUUAUCAGGGGGGGCCUUAUGCGUACGGGAUUCUGCCGGAGACGGGAAAGGGUAACCGGGAACAGCCGGUGUACAAUUUUAUUCCUGUUAUGCCCCUAUUGCCAGAGCAGAUGACGAUGUUCUCAAUGGAGAAUAAUCUGGAGUGA